AAACUAUCCUCCUGACCGACAGCCACAUUAAAGCAUCAUGAAGAUUGUUGGAUACAGCAUCGCUGCGCUCAGCGUAAUGGCUGCUGCUUACAGUAUGCCAGCAGCGGCACAGAAUAUGUCAUACGGCGCAAACAACUUUUACCGCAGCGCCAAUCUCACGCGUCACCCGAUUACCUUUCGGGACCAGUACCAGUCGAACAUCACGGGAAAUUUGUUCAUCCUCAACAAUUACAACCGAAGUACCAAGUUACCAGCUAUUGUUGUCGGCCACCCCAUGGGUGCAGUGAAAGAACAAAGCGCAAACCUCUACGCCCAGAAAUUGGCUGAACAGGGUUUCGUCACUGUUUCGUUCGACCUCCCAUUUUGGGGCGGAAGCGAGGGUCAGCCACGCAAUGGAGUGUCACCUGAUCUUUAUGCAGAGGCAUUCAGUGCAGCGGUGGACUACCUUGGGACGCUGAAAUUCAUCAAUCGCGAGAGGAUUGGUGCUGUCGGUAUCUGUGGCAGUGGGUCUUUUGUGAUCAGCGCAGCAAAAAUCGACUCGCGCUUAAAGGCUAUUGCAACGGCAAGCAUGUAUAAUCAUGGCAUUCUCACUCGCAAUGGUCUGCGAAAUUCGCAAAGCCUUGAUCAGCGCAAAGAGCUUAUUGCCGCUGCAUCCCGGCAGCGUUGGGUUGAGGUUGAUGGGGGUGAAAUCAAGUACACAGCUGGUGCUCCAAAUGGGGUCACACCAAAUUCAACCUCUAUCGAUCGCGAAUUCUAUGAUUUUUACCGCACACCACGCGGUGAGGUCACGCCUAAAGGGACAACACCAAACAUCACGACACAUCCAACGUUCUCAAGCAAUGUGAAAUUUAUCAACUUUUAUCCCUAUGAUGGUAUUGAGGCGAUCUCACCACGUCCAUUGCUAUUUAUCUCAGGCGACCAGGCUCAUUCACGUGAGUUUAGUGAGCAUGCUUAUUCGCGCGCCGCUGAACCGAAGGAAUUGUACUGGGUGAUAGGCGCUGGUCAUGUUGAUCUCUAUGAUCGUGUGGAUCUUAUCCCAUUCCACAAACUCACCCAGUUCUUCCGGGAGAAUCUUAUCUAGAGGACAGCUGGAUUAGACCUUUGUGGGGAUUCCAAUCUCGUUUUCCUGUUCUAUUAUAUUGUUGCCCGUUGCGAGAUGGUCGUGGUGUUUCAGGCUGGCCAGGUUCCGGCACAUCCAUUACCCCAAGGAUCUGCCAUCAUGUAUUUGCCCUUUCCACUUGCAAGGUUUCUUCAGAGUAGACGAAGGUUGGUAGCUC